UCCCUCCCUCUCCUUUCUAAUUUCCCUCUAGAGGCGGUUGCUGCGCGCGCGCUCCCGUGAAUGCCCUAGCAGUGCCUGUGUAGCGCAUGCGCAAGAGCCGGCCGCGCUCCGAGGCAAGUCUGAGAGCUGGGUGAAGUGAAGGUGGGGCCAGGAAAGAAGGCAAAAGAAGCUCGAGCGCGCUUCCGCAGCUAUAGCAGCAGUGCUUUGGAGCGCAUGCGCACAAGCUAGCCGGAAGCCGAGGUGGGACCGUGGCCCAGCGCGAGAGCGCGGUAAAGGUAUGGGAAGGUGGUGGGAAAGUAGGGGAUAAAAGGAUCUGGAGGAAUCAUUGGAGCGCGCUCUCGCUGCAGCCCUAGUAGGCCUUUGGGGAGCGCAUGCGCACAUGGGCCUGAAGGGGAGAGCGCUGUAAAAGCUUGGCUGGGCGGAGUAGGAGGAAUUAGAGUCAGGAGCAUCCUCGUUUGAGGGAGCGCAUGCGCCAGAAUCAGCCGCAGCGCUCUUAAGAGCACUGUAAAGAUCAGGCGUUUGCGCGCUCCCGGCCCGUCUGUUCGUUUCUUCCUUCCCGCCCACCACCUCUAUGCCCCGCCUCCUUCCCCUUUUUUGGGGGUGGCCGGUAACGUAACGUCGACUUGGGCGCGCGGCGCUCCGCGCACGUGGGGGCACGUUGCGCCGUUGCCCCGCCUCCUUUCCCUCCCCUCGGCCCCUCCCUAUUCCGCGCGCGCGGCGGCGUCGGCUGCGUCUCCGGGUAUUUGAAUCGCGCUUCCGCCAUCUUUCCAUCGUUCAGUCAGGCGGAGACGGAGACGCUUCUGGAAGAACAUCACGAUGGCCGCCCAAGGAGAACCCCAAGUGCAGUUCAAACUUGUAUUAGUUGGUGAUGGAGGUACUGGAAAAACUACAUUUGUAAAACGUCACUUGACUGGUGAAUUUGAGAAGAAGUAUGUAGCCACCUUGGGUGUUGAGGUCCAUCCCCUUGUGUUCCAUACUAACAGAGGUCCUAUUAAAUUCAACGUAUGGGAUACAGCUGGCCAAGAGAAAUUUGGUGGUCUGAGAGAUGGUUAUUACAUCCAAGCUCAGUGUGCCAUUAUAAUGUUUGAUGUAACAUCCAGAGUUACUUACAAGAAUGUACCUAACUGGCAUAGAGAUCUGGUACGAGUAUGUGAAAAUAUCCCUAUAGUGUUGUGUGGCAACAAAGUGGAUAUUAAGGACAGAAAAGUCAAGGCGAAAUCAAUUGUCUUCCAUAGGAAGAAGAAUCUCCAGUACUAUGACAUUUCAGCCAAAAGUAACUACAACUUUGAGAAGCCCUUCCUUUGGCUUGCUAGAAAACUUAUUGGAGACCCUAAUUUGGAGUUUGUUGCCAUGCCUGCUCUUGCACCUCCAGAGGUUGUCAUGGACCCAGCACUGGCAGCACAGUAUGAGCAGGACUUACAGAUUGCUCAGACAACUGCGCUCCCUGAUGAAGAUGAUGACCUGUAAGGGAAUGAAGCUAGAGCCCAGCGUCAGAGGUCUAGUUUUAUAGGCAACUGUCCUGUGAUGUCAGUGGUGUAGCGUGUUUGCCACUUUAUUAUAUAGCUGAGCAGAACAUGUGCUUAAUCUUUGGGAUGCUGAAGGAGAUGAAUGGGCUUCGGAGUGAAUGUGGCAGUUUAAAAAAAAUAUAAUUCAUAUUUUGGACCUGCGUAUUUAGCUGUUUUGGACCGCAAUUACGUCCCCUUGAGUUUCAAAUAUAAGACUGCUGCAGUCCCAUCACAUUAUUCAGUGGUGAAUCUUGUUUGUUACUGUCAUUCCCAUUCCUUUUUUCGUUUAGAUCAUAAUAAAGUUGUAUUUCAAAUAUCUAAGCAAGUGAGCUCUUAUCCCUUGUUUACAAAAUAAGCAUUUUAAAACCUGUUUUGUAUGGUCUAUGGUAGAUAAAUACCAUGUUACUAUUUAAAUGGCCUUUACGUUUUUAUGACUAGUUGUUUUUAAACAUCAUCAUCAGUUAAGAUACAUUUGAGUCAUACAUUUCACAAAGUAAAGAUAGGUGCUGGACAGGUUAAAAAAAACUUUGUGCUACUGUUAGAUGAUUGGUCACAACUUGGUAAUAUAAAGUUUAAAAGUGUGAGCAUAUUUUAUUUAGACAGUAAUUAAAGGUUUUCACACUAGCUAGUGUACCUAAGGUGGAUUUUUGGAAGGAUAAAGUUGAAGAAUAAAAUAAUCACAUGAAUAUUGUAUCUUUUUCCUGUGUAUGAGCUGUCAAUAGAAUAGAAUUUAAUUUAUGUGGAUUGAGUAUCAGUUGAAUGCAGCUUUUUAAAAACUAAUGCUUAGCAUACAUGGGAAUGGUAACCAUGCUUUGAAAGGGUGGCUUAAAGUGAUUAUGAAAUAAGCUAGACUGUUAACUUCAACUUUGAUAAGUUUUAAAUCCACUGUAGGCAAAGUAUUCUUAUUGGGAAGGAAGCAUUAAUCAGGUAACUGCUGGGAUGACCACCACCGGAAUAGUGAGAAAAUGGACCAUUUUCAGUGAUGUCAAUCUAAAUUGAAGCCUUGGAAUGAGUUUUGUAUUUUGGGUUCUAUAAUAAAAGUGAAGCAUUUAAUUUA